GGCUUUUCUUUCCCUUGCUCUGCCUGGCUAGGAGGGAGUGCAAGGAAGUGUGGGGGGAAAGGGCGUGGGGUCUUCUCCCCUUCUGCUCUUGUCAGGACAUCUCUUGGGGCAUGUUAGGUGCAAGUGAAAACAUCCAGAAGCAGGCUUGUUGACUUUCUGUUGCUCCCUCUCCCCUUUCAGAAUUACUUGGUUGCAGCUUUCAGGAUUCAUUGCCUCUGGCUUAGCUGUGUCUGUGCCCUAAAAAUGGGAGAAGACCCUGUGGUCCCAGCCAAGAUUUUAAUUAUUAGAUCUGCACAGAAUCUGGUGCAGUCACUUACUCAGGGUGUUAAUCGCCACUUUCACAUGAUUUGUAUCCGAGACAAAUUCAGUCAGAAUAUUGGACGACAGAUUUCCUCCAGAGUGAUUUGGGACCAUUUGAGUACCAUGUAUGACAUGCAAGCACUACAUGAAUCUGAGAUUCUGCCCUUCCCUAAUUCAGAGAAAAAUUUCAUCCUGCCUGAGGAAAUUAUCCAAGAAGUGAAAGAAGGAAAAGUAAUGAUUGAAGAAGAGGUGAAAGAAGAAAUAAAAGAAGAGAUGGAAUCUCACGCAGGCACAGAAGAAGUUUAUGUACCUUCAGGAAACUUGGGAAAAGCAGCUGAAAAACCAAGCAGCAAAGAGAAAGAAAGGAGUUCAUCAGAUUCUGGGUCCAAAGAAGGAGCUGAUAAACGGAAACGUAACAGAGUCACUGAAAAGGUCCUGAAUGCAAACAGCAAUCCCUCCAGUCCAAGUGCUGCAAAACGGCGCAGAACUUAAGAGAAUACAGUGAAAAGAUGGGUGCUUUUAACUACAGAACCAGGGAUGGGAACAGUAGAACGGAAUAAGAGAGAAGGAAGGUUGUUAUAAAGAUUUAUUAAGUGGAGAAAAAACUACUUGUCCAGAUAUAAAAAGCAUCAGCACAUUGUCAUCAUGUGUGGCAUGGGUUUCUGUGUCUUCUCGUAAGGAGUUGCUUGCCUGUCAGUGUCACAUAGCUAAUUGAUGGCUACAUUCUCAGGAUACUGAAGGAGAGAAUUGGCAGCUUUACAAGCAUGUGUGUACUUAACAAGUCAGGUGGUAGCAUUUUAAAAUAUUAAUAAUGCACAUAGACACACACGUUCUGUGUUAACAGAGUUUGUGAAAUAAGCUCUUAGCGGAACAAGGAGCCUCAGUUCUUGAAAAGCUUAGGUCAUUUAUUUAAAGUUUGGAUCCCUUUCCUGUCUUAUUUUUAUUGCUUUUUUGAGGGACUAUUAUGGCCCCUUUGUGGGUUACUGUUUUUAGGACAUACAUUUUGUAUAGAAUGUUAUAGCAAGAACACCAUUUUCUAUCAAGUGCCUGGCUUUGCUGGCCCAGUAAAACUAAAAGCCAGCACAUUAAAUACAGAUCUAAGGUGAAGCAUUCUUUGUUACUCUUCUGUUUGAGGGAGGGGAAAAGUAAACCCUCUGUCUCUUAGAGACUUGUAUGGUAUAAUUUAUUUUUCAGCCUUUGAGUUUAUAUUGUAAAUAAAGCAAGAUGUUAAAUGUUUCUAGACAGAAGUCCUCAUAAGUGGCUUAAACUAAAAUGUCCGUUAAUGCUAUGUGGUAUGAAAGGGAUCCACUGGGCUAUGCAAGAACAUGGUUGUACUGUAAUAAUGUAUAUAACUGUUGUUUUUGUAUUUCACUAUUUAAUUCUUUUUUUUAAAAGCUAUUUUUUCAAAGGGCUGUUAAAUGGAAGUAAUAAUAUAAAACAUUAAUCUUAUGCUGUACUUUCCUGUAGUAAUUUUAGUUCAGACUUUUACUGAUAUUUUGAAACUUGUUUUUAGUCUUACAUGCCAGAGUAUUAAGAAUUGGUAGCAAUUACUAUUUUUUUAAUUGCCAGAAAAUGAUUAAUUCCCGUUUACUCCUUUUCUUCUUCCUGACAAACUGAUUUUAGUAAGUGUAUCUGUUAAACUGGUGAAUGAAGCAUACUGAACUGUUACUGGGUUCUAUCUUUACAGUAUUAACUUUACUGUUAAAUUAAAAAAAACCACUCAACA